AUGAAUGCUGAUCCGUGGGCCCGUCCGAAAUUCAAUCUCUGGAGUGUAAGUGCAGAACCACCAAAAAACAAACCGGUGGUUGAAUACGGGAAGGAAAACGACAAACAUUUCACCAUUCGCGUUGUCCAUGGUGGGUUCUUUACAGACUACCCAAGCAAGGCGUAUCAACAGACCAAGGUUCACUUCAUUUCUCAUGUGAACAUCGAUUUGUUAGACAUGGAGUUGCUUGGGCGUUUUUCUAGAAGCCUUGGGCCUGUGUUUGUUCCAAACAAUUUCCCACACUUUUUGAUGAACUCUCCAGCCAAACGUGUUGAGAAGCUUAUUCACAUGUUUGUAAUAGAACAUCCAAUGGCUUGGGUUGAUGAUGUAAUAGCAUACAUCCAACAUAUGCUAAACAUGACAAUUCCAAGAGAAAAAAUGGAGGAUGCUAUGGACAUGGCGAAAGAAAAUGUCGCAACAUGGAAAAACAUAGCCUAG